AUGCCCACAAACACAGUCACCAAGAAGCGUGUCCUCGCCCUGGGCACGCCUCGCUUCGCCGUGGCCGAGUUCGAGCAGCUCUGCAAGUCAUACGACGUGGACGUGGUGCUGCCCCAUCCGAGCGACCGCGACGACACGGUCAAGCGCAUCCACGAGGCCGCAGCCGCGCGAGCCGCAGACGGUGGCUACGAUGCCAUGUUCUGGCUCUUUGGCACCAGCGCCUACUCGCCCUUUGACGAGCACAUGCUCACGCCCGUCCUUGCCUCGGGACGAUGCGGUCUGCUGGCCUCGGGCGGCGCCGGCUACAACGACGUCGCCUUCGAGUGGGCAGCAGAGAGGGGGGCGUACGUCACCAACACGCCCGAUGGCCCCACGCAGGGCACGGCCGACAUGGCCCUGCUCCUCUUUCUUUCGGCGCUGCGCCAGGCUCGACUGACAGAGCAGACGAUGCGAAGCGGCCACUGGCGGCAGGGCUUGCCCCUCAUGGACGAUCCCCAGGCGCUCACCGUGGGCAUCUACGGCAUGGGUGCGAUUGGACGGGCAUUUGCCAAGAAGAUUGCCGGUGCCUUUCCCCCACGCAGGAUCAUCUACCACAACCGGUCCCGGCUCUCGCCCAAGCAGGAGCUCGAGGCUGGUGGGGCCGAGUACGUGUCCUUUGAAGAGCUCCUCAAGACGUCCGACGUCCUCUCCAUCCACUGCCCGCUCACCGAACAGACCGAGGGGUCCAUCGGCGCAGACCAGUUCGCCAUCAUGAAGGACGGCGUCUACAUCGUCAACACUGCUCGGGGCGCCGUGCUCGGCGAGGCGGCUUUCAUCGCCGCCAUCGAAUCGGGCAAGGUUGCCGCUGCCGGCCUCGACGUCUUUGACAACGAGCCACGGCCCAACCCGUUCUGGCUCACCUGCGACCGCGUCACUGUCCAGCCACACUGGGGUGGCUUCUCCAAGAUGACGAUCAAGCGGGGCGAGGGGUACGUGCUGGCCAACGUGCGGGCCUUUCUCGAGGCAGGCACACCCAUCAACCCGGUCAACAAGCCU